UCGCCACAUAAUGCUUCUACAUACAGAUGACGUAGUGCUAUCUAUAAGAUUGUAGUAAGCUUAGAACGCUGUCCGUUGUGGAUCGAGGAAGCAGUGAGAAACAACGGCGGAAGUGGGGAUCGUGCGCCAUUUUCUAUUUUUGCAUAGCAGUGAAUUAGUGUUGUGUGUGUACAUUUUGUGUGAUAAAUCGAUGGAUUAAUAGUAAUUGGAAGAGGACGUGUCGAAGUAAUGAAAUGAUUUUGGGAAACACGUGCUUCGAAUCUCACGCAAUUAAUUUCUUUAUUUUGCGUUUGCGUUCUGUAUUAACGUGUGUAAACUCGUAUACUCGUAGCACGUAAACACUUUUUCUUCAUUUCUCUUUUCAACGAGUGAGAGUGGCCGAGCUGUCUAUAUUAGAACUAUAGGGGCAGUUAAAGAACGAUCGUUUGUCCUAUUGAAAUUUUUUCCUCGCUUAAAAGAUAAACUAAAAUAUAGAAGGGAAAACCAGUCUGUGAUACUAAACAGUACUAAGGUAUAUAGCUAGAUAUAAACUCUACAAUUAGAUAUACGUAUGUAUGGCAUAUGAGACGUAGAUAGAUCACAUAAAAGAUCUAGAAAAAAAAAAAAAAUAAUAAAAGUCUGUAUAGUGAGUGCUGUGAAUUUACCUUGUUCAAAGAAUAAAGGUGAUCAAGAGCAGAAUGUCUCAGGAAUCUGUGACAAAUGACAAGCAACUACCAACUCCAAAAGAUGAAGGAGAUGAAGCAAUUAUAUCCAUGUCGGUAGCUGGGGAGGUAACCGACACUUCAAUUAUGGAAGUGGGCCGUUCAAGACCUCAAUUCCAAUAUUCCCGGGAGGAGUUAAUGGUGAUAAAGAGUUUGCCGUUAUCUAAGCGGAGGCCUGAUUUCUUAGACAUCUCGUACAAUAAUUCGCGCGGAGUAUGGGAUCCAGAACGUUGGCAUUCGGGUAGGAAGCGAAGCGAUACACUUCCGAAGGAUGAAAGAGCCGGCCGUGCCGAUCAAGUAACCGAAAGCCAUAAUAAACGUCGGAACGGAGAUCCACGAGAACGUAUUCGGAAAGAACAGGAUGGUAUAGUUUUGAGUCCUCAACGUAGAAGUUUUAAUUCAGGUUGUUUCGUUAAUGUGAAUCAACCGUCGAAUCGACGUCCUGAAAGUCCGAUAGGAAAAGCGGAGGUAUCAUCGGUGGGCCAUAGAGAAUCCGUUCGACGAAUCGGAAGUGGUAGAAUUUUAACUCGGGAUAUAUGGGACUUCAGACCGGAAAACGAAAAGCUCGAGCCUGCUUUUCGUCCCGGGGCAAGCGGUGGUGCUUCUAUUCGCGAUCGCGAUAACAGAGACACGCGUGACGGAAAGGAUCGGGAGAAUGUGAGGGACAGGGAACGGGAACGCGACAAUUUGCGUGAUCGGGAUGACCGAAACGAACGGUUCGAACGAAGAUCGUUUGGUCGCGACUAUAGAGAGAGGGACAGAGAAAGGGAGCGUGAUCGGGAGAGAGGUGUUGAACGGAACGAUCGUAAUCAUCGAUCAGAUCGUGAUAAAGAUCGUGGAAGGGAGCGAAGAUUCAGCAACGAUCGGAGACGAACUUACAGCGAAAAUCGUAACGAUGCGGAUGAACCUGAAUGGUUUAUAUCCGGGCCAACGUCUCAGCAUGACACCAUUGAAUUAAGAGGUUUCGAGGAUAUUCCUGAGGAGAAGGCAUUGAACAACAACAACAGUAGUAAUAAUAGUAACAAAAGUAAGAAACAAACUCCGGUUCAGAAGAAACGUGGUAAGAAGAAUUCAUUGGAGAAAGAUGAAAAGCAGAACGAUAAUUCAGCCGGUCCGAAGGGACGUAGUACGCCGACCACCAUGGAUCAACCUAUAAACGUAGCUGCACCACAUUCACCUAUUUCCGAACAACACGAAUCGUCGUCUGUUACGCAGAAAGCAGCGAAUCACGAUUCGAACGAAAGCGCUGUAACCGAACAGAGUUCCGAAACUGCGGGUACGGAUAACUCUAGUACUGUUAAUCAAAAUCAAGAAGACAGCCAUCCUGAUUUCAAUCUUGAUGAGUUUCUGAAAUCUGACACGUUACCUGGGGUUCCUGGACUUCUGACAAAUGGAGUUGGCUCGAACGGAGGUUCCUGUUCCCGGUUUAGUCAAUGGUUUAAAAGAGAAAGUCCAGUUCAACAGCUGGAUAGUCGUCGGACUUCAAUACAAGAUGAUAUACUGAAUAAUCUUCUGAAUGAUAUUACCGAGCCAAAUAUUCAAAUUCCAUCAGUCACUGAAUCUAACACUUAUUUCACUCCUAUCUCUCCUGCCAAUACCACGACAACAAAUAAUACUACAUCCGCUACUGGAGUAAAACUGCUGGAAAUGCUGCAGCGUGGAAACAAAUCAACGCAGAACGGACAAGGGGAUGUUGCUAAUACUGGUGUACCAUUGAUGAAGAGCGCAUCUAUUAAAGAUAUGGGUGAGAAAGUCGGUGGAAAGGUUGUGCAUAGCCUGGAGGAAUUAGAAGCACGUAUGCGAGGUGGUGCUCCUCCCCCCACAUCUUCAAAUGAUCAACCUCGUGUAAAUAAGACUGAAGAAGAUCUCUCCGCUUUUAAGAAAUUGCUUGCUCAAGUAACUGGCGGACAAGCUAUACCAGCAGCAAACGGCCCUAUCUCUCAAAAACAACCUGUGACAUUGAUACAAUUGCUGAAUUCUCAACUGAAAAAUCAACCAAUUGCCCCCCAGCAAUCGGUCCCGGAACCAAUGCAUGCGACGACAUUUAAUCAUGUUGGAUCUCUUGGGCCAACCCAACAUCCGCAUCAAGCACAAGUGCAACACGAAAAUCUAAUGAAAGUGUUGCAAAUUCAACAGCAACAGCAGCAGCAGCAACAACAACAGCAGCAGCAGCAGCAAAAACGACAUCAACAGCAGCAGCAGCAGCAGCAACAGCACUCUGAUAUGUUACCGAUGAUGAUGGGUAAUCAACGAAUGUUAGGAAUGAGCCCUGUACCUCCAGAAAUGCAAAUGAUGCUUAACAAUGCUCCUACCAGCCAAGAAUUACUACAGCGACCUGAAGCUCAAGCUAUAAUUCAAGGUCUUCAGCAAGGGGAAAUAACUAGACAGCAUCUAAUACAACAACUCCAGAAUCCAGCAAUGCAACAUCGUCACAGGGAAGUUCUAGUAAAUAUUUUAAAAAUCUAUGGGGGUACUACCCCUCGUACAGUAAGUCCGCAUCCUAGCGCACCUACUCCUCAAGAUCAUAUCUUGCAACAGAUGUUGUAUCAGCAGCUACAACAAAGGAUUCCAUCACCUAUGAAUAACGUGAUGCAGCAUAGAGUUCCCUCACCGCGGGAGAUUGUUAUGCAUGCUCAAUCUAUAAUGCAAAGUGCUUUAAUUAAGAAAAAAUUGGAGGAACAACGUGAGAAUUUCCGUAAGCGGCAAGAUCAACAGCAGCAGCAGCAGCAACAACAACAGCAACAGCAACAGCAACAAGCUCAGCAAAGAGCGUCAAGUCCUGUUAACUCUCCGGCGAAGCAGACCAUGAGUCCAACACCACUUGCUUUUACCCCAACAUCGGUGUUACGUAAAAUGACUGCUGAUAAGGAACCUGAUGGUAAUACUAAUGAUCCAUCAAAGUUGGGAGUUCAGUCUCAGACAUCACAAAUGCAACAAAUGCAGUCUGCAGUCCAAUUAUUGACCCAAGCAGUCCUUUCUCGACAUAAUACUCUACGACCACAAUCUGUUCAACCUACAUGGUCAAAUCCAACUAUUAAACAACAUCCAGGUCGGCCAAUAGUGAAAGGUGGAGACGGUAACGGCGGUAAUCACUUCCAAUACAGUGGAAAUUCAGAUUUCCAACAGCAACAGCAGCAACACAGAACGGUUUCAAGCGUGUAUGGUAAUCCUGCACGCUCCAAACAUACUAUGACUAGUUCUAUACCACAUCACAAUGUUCCACAAUACAAUGUUGCUCAGAAUUCUAUGAUAAAUCAGAGGUCAAAUCCUAUAAACAACCAAAUAAAGGUACAGCAGGCCCAGUCGCAUCUUGCUAAUAUGCAACAUCAACCUCCACCACAACAGCAACAACACCGGACUCUUAACUCACAAAUGCAAAUGGUUUUAAAUCAAAACUACAAUUCCAAUCGUGCAGAUGGGCGAGUAAUGCGGUCGCAGCAGUUGAACAUGCCCAUAGGUCGUCAAACAUCACCUCCGCAUAACGGUGGAGAUCUUUCGCAUACUUCAAAUCAAUUAGCACGAUGGUUUAGUCCAGAACUUCUCGCUCAGGCUCGAGCUGGUAAGCUUCCCGAGCUUGUGCAGACAAAUGUUUUAUCACUGGAAGAAUUAGAAAGACUUCAACAUGCAUCGACUACAGUGCAUAAUUAGAUUAAUAUUGUACCUUUUCAUAUGUUCAAUUGCAAGCACAGGAUUCCAUCGGCAGAUUAUUGCUCUAACAAACUAUAUCUUUUAAAUUAGAUGGCUUUUCAUAUUAAACAGUAUGAAGAUUCUCUCAGAAAAGAAGAAGUCUAUUUAAGUGAAACAUAAAAAGUCCUGCUUGCAAAGUCAUUUAGGUAAUGAACCUUAGUGGAAGAAAGGUUUAGUGAAGUAACAUUCAGUUUGGUCAGAAACAUUUUCGGACACAAUACAAGAUCAGUUGAGUAGUAUUUCCUUUCUAUGGGAAUAUCGUUUAUUUUUCUUUCUUUUUUUUUUUUUUUUUUUU